AUGGCGAGCCGCCUGAAAUUUUUGAUGCUUGAACGUUCUGGUACAAUGGCGUUUCUUAUUAUUUCAUGCUCUUCGGCAAUGUGCUCAACACUAUCGCUGAAAAUCACUUACCAUGCUGAAAUUGCGGGCUUCUCAUUGUCGGUAUUUUUCAAUUCGGUUCUUCUGAUUUUGAUAAGUGAUAUGCCGCGGAAAACCUUUGGUAGCUAUAAAUAUUUGAUGAUUUGCUUCUCGAUUUGUGGCAUUUAUUUCUCUUGUUGCGAUUUUUGGUGUAAACCGUACGUUCAUAUGUCCAAAAAUUCAUUUGCGAUUUUUAAUGUAUUAGAGGAAACGAAGCUGACGCAAAACACGGGGGUAAUCGCAUUAGAAUUAUAUUGUUCCUGCUAUGCGAUAAUUAUUUCUUUGAUUACAAUUCAUUUUUACUAUCGUUACCUAUCCGUAAUGUUUCCUGUAAAACUCGUUAGAUUCUCUGUUAGAAAUCUACCAUUUUGGAUAUUACUUGUUAUUUUAAACGCAUCCGUGUGGUUUUUACUGAACAGUUUAGUAAAUGGGCCUUCUGAAAUUCAAGAUGCAAUUUUAAUACCCGAAAUUCGACAGAGAGCUUGUCUGGAGCGCCAUGAGUACACCUACGUUGGAAAUGUGUUUUUGUAUCAGGAUUUUGAAACAAAUACCAGGAAAAUCAACAUUAUUGCUUUCCUUUCUUUUGGAAUAAUUGGAUCAGUUAUGACUUUUUCUCUGGCCACUUUGGGAUAUUUUGGUGCGAAAACAUAUUUCCAUCUCAAAAAAAUCUCAUCAUUAGCAGUGAGCUACCAGGAAAUUCAAAGACAGCUCUUCCAAACACUUGUUAUUCAAACCAUCAUACCAAUUACAUUUUUGUACACACCAGUAACCCUUAUGUAUUUAUUUCCUGUUUUUGGAAUUCAAUUUGUGGAAAUUGGAUAUAUCGCUCCACCAUUAGUGGCACUAUAUCCAUGCCUGGAGCCAUUAGUUGCAAUGUACUGCAUAAAAAGCUUCAGGUUCAGAAUACUUGGUUGGUUGACAUGUCACAAAUACAAAAGGAAUGUAGUGCAUGUGUCAUUUGUUCAAACCAAUUGA